CAGCAAUGAUAUUCCACACCAGCAACAAAAAAGACGAGAGAAAAAACAGUUCAAGAUGGCGAACGAUGCGAGCAAGCUACUGCUAUCUUCACACCAAGAAAAAACCAGUCAUUAUACAUACCUGAAAGAAUUUCGCGUGGAACAAUGCCAAUCGUUUCUGCAGCACAAAUGCAAUCAGCAUCGUCCAUUCGUUUGCUUCAAUUGGCAUUUUCAAAAUCAGCGUCGUCGGCGGCCCGUGCGUAAACGUGAUGGAACAUUUAAUUAUAGUGCUGAUAAUUAUUGCACCAAAUAUGAUGAGACCACAGGCAUUUGUCCCGAAGGCGAUGAAUGCCCUUUUCUACACCGCACAGCCGGCGACACUGAGCGUCGCUAUCAUUUACGCUACUACAAAACGUGCAUGUGCGUACACGAUACGGACAGUCGUGGCUACUGCGUUAAAAAUGGUUUACAUUGCGCCUUUGCACAUGGCAUGCAGGAUCAACGUCCGCCGGUCUAUGACAUUAAAGAGCUGGAAACACUGCAGAAUUCGGAUAUAACGCUGGACGGCACCAAUGCACAAAAUGCUCUGGACAAGGAGCGCAAUCUGAUGAACGAGGAUCCCAAGUGGCAGGAUACCAACUAUGUGCUGGCCAACUACAAAACGGAGCCGUGCAAGCGUCCUCCACGUCUCUGUCGGCAGGGAUACGCUUGUCCACAGUAUCACAACAGCAAGGAUAAGCGUCGCUCGCCACGAAAGUACAAAUACAGGUCCACACCAUGCCCCAAUGUGAAGCAUGGCGAGGAGUGGGGUGAGCCGGGUAACUGUGAGUCCAGCGACAAUUGCCAAUAUUGUCACACACGCACCGAGCAACAGUUCCAUCCGGAAAUCUACAAGUCCACCAAAUGCAACGAUGUCCAACAGGCUGGCUACUGUCCACGCAGCGUCUUCUGCGCCUUUGCCCAUGUGGAACCUUAUGUGGUCAGCGAUCAGAAGAAGCGUGAUCACGAAAUUGCUUUAAGCGAACUCAUUUCCAAUGGCUUGUCCGAUUUGAAGGUGCAGGAUGAGGUCGCUAAUGGCAAGCUGCCACCAGGACUGCUGCAGCUGAGCAAUAAUUUAUUAAAUGAUAUUGAUGGUAAUAAUACCAACAAAAUGUUGGUUGAUGCUUUGGAAAAUACAACAAAUUCCAGCAAAAUCCUAAAUAUCUCAUUACCAAUGGACAGCAUUCCAUGUACUUUGGAUGAUCCACGCGAGAACUCACUGUCGGCAAGUCUGGUCAACAAUAGUUUAUUAACACGUUCCUCGGCGCCAAUUAACAUUCCUAAUACGACACUAAGUAACUCUAUAAACGACUUUAACUCUGGUGGAUUUGCCGUCAACAUUCCCAGCAGCUCGCUCACCUAUAGUCCAACAAAUCAUGCCAAUCUUUUCAGUGUUUAUGGCGGCUCCAAUAAACUGAGCAAUUCUCUGUCGGCAGCCACACAGAACGACAGCAAUAACAUCUUCUUUUCAUCGCGCAUGAUCUCGCCAGUCUUUGGCGAUGGCUUAUCAAUUAGUCCAUCAGUUAGAAUAUCCGAAUUGAACACCAUACGUGAUGACAUUAACAGCAGCUCAGUGGGCAACAGUCUGUUCGAGAACACUCUUAAUACGGCCAAGAAUGCUUUCAGUCUACAAUCGCUACAGUCGCAGAAUAACAGCGAUCUCGGUCGCAUGAACAACGAUUUGCUCACAAAGACAGCACAGGUUCAAAAGUUAUCGGCUCGCCUCGAGGAGCUGAUGUGCAAGCUUAAGAUUGCCGAGCUACAUCGCGACAAGGCCAAGCAGGAGGCCGUAGAGUGGAAAGAGCGCCACGAUUUAGUGCAGAUUCAACUUAAUUUGCCCGGCGAGUUGCGUGAUUUAUCUAUUCAGAAACUAAAGCAAUUGCAGUCGAAGCUGCGCACCGAUUUAGAGGAGGUGGACAAAGUAUUAUAUUUGGAGAAUGCCAAGAAGUGCAUGAAAUGCGAGGAGAACAAUCGCACAGUUACUCUCGAGCCCUGCAAUCACCUAUCCAUUUGCAAUACUUGUGCUGGCUCCGUCACCGAGUGUCCCUACUGUCAGGUACCGGUUAUCACAACCCACACAUAGGACAUGCUUCAAUUGCAACAGGAUUAUCGUUGGGUCAUCGGACCCGAUUGAUUUGGCGCGAGAGAAAAGAAAACCAACCUACACACUUUAAUCGUAAGCCAAAUGUUGAUCGACUAGCAAAUAUGUCAGGCUGGGCAUAUCGCGCAGAGCUUACAUAUAUAUUUGAAUAAUAUGUAUGUGGAUAAUUCAUUCAUACUAAUAUAAUUUAUAUUUAUCUAUAUGCAAAUUAAUUAUCUUGGAUAUUAGCAAUUACUAGGCACAAAAUAUGUAAUUCAUUACUUAGCAAGCUGAUAUGCAUUUCUUGAAUAUUACACCACACACAUUUUUAUUUUGUUUUCGGAUACCACAAGAAUUAUUAACAUAUUUAAUUUUGUGUUAGUCUUAAAAUUGUAUUCUUUUUUAUUUUACUUUUACAUUUUUUUUUUAAUCUAUGCUCUCAUGACAUUUUAUUAUGUACAAAUCGAAUUUCACAAUGGAUUUUCUGUUAAAUGUUUCUGUCACUUGCAGUCACUAUUCACUAGUAUUAAUAUAAACAAUUACCAAUUUUUAUAACAUUAUAAACAGAUACAGAAGAAUAUUGUAUAAUUUUUCUAGCCACUUUUAGUAAUUGACUAUAAACAAUUUUUAAACUACAAACAAUACGACUAACAACCACCAGUGAUUUUUAUAAGCCGAUAUUCAAACUGCAGAUACUGAUUCAUACUGAGAUAUGUAUUAAUAUGUUUUUUUUUUCUUAGAUAUUUUCAAAUGCUAAUUAAAUGAAAUUGAAUUGAAUUGAAUUAAGAGAGAUCUCGGAGCAAAGUACGAAUUUUAUUGACUUUGUCGAUGGAUCCUUUGAAUGACUUAAAAAAAAAUCAAAGCUACAUACUUUUUUGGCCGCACAAAAUAAUCAUAAUUCUAAGAACUAUAAUAAAUAGCUAUUAUACCCAUAUAUUAUUUUUUUCAUUGAAUUCUGCAUUCAGCAAACAUUUGUAAUACAAAACAAACAAACUAUACAAAUUGGAAAAUGUUUCAAUCAUUUUGGUGUAUUUUACUUUUAUACUCUACUAGUUUAUUAUGUGAUUUUGUUAGUGCUCUAAGUACAAUUCAUGCUACAAACAUAUUUUUAAACUUAAAUAUAUACAUUAUCUUUAUUUUUUUUUUUGUAUAAAAUGAAAAGCUUCCAAUUUAAAGCCGGUCAUAAAGUAGUUAAACAAUGUGAAGUCAAGAGAAAUACGAAACGGUAUAUGAAUGGCCAAUAAAUGCGGUACAAGAAUACAUAUAUAUAUUUAUAUAUAUAUACAACAAAUGAAAGCGUGUGAUGAAUAAGAUUAAACAAUAAUCGUAACACAAGACAGCGAAUACAAAUAGAAAACAGUCGAUGUUAAAUGUUAAACGAAGCUAAAGUAAAAACCGUCUUCAACAUUUUUUUGCGCAAAUUAAAAACAAAACAAAAAAAAAGAUAAAUAGGAACGGCAAACGUAUGGUAGCUUAUGAAGAUAACGAAAGUUGAGCAUAUAUAUUUAAUAUAAUGAACUCUAAACGUAUUAAUAGUUAUUAAACUAAUGGCGGAAACAAGUUGGAUCACUUAGGGCAUGAAAGUAAACUAUUUAAGCAAGAAUUUCAGAAGCAGAAACUUAGGCAUUUAUUGAACAUAAUUAACAAAUUAAUAAAAGUGAAUAAUAAAUUGAUCAAUAUAUAGGUAUACACAUACAAAAUAAAUCUAUAUAUAUACAUACAUAUAUAUUAUUGAAAAACAUAUGAGAAUAUAUUUUAUAGCUAACUAGCUAAGCGGCGCAAAGGCUUUUGUGUGUAUGUAGUAGCCAAAAAAAAAAAAAAACAAAUUAAUAAUGAAAAAACAUUCAAAAUAAUAAAUGAAAUAAACUAAACAAUAAUUAAAUGUGCAUGUUAAUGUGUGUUAAAAUUAAAUGCUUUAAUAUUAUAGCGCUACCGUAAAAUGCAACAACAACAAAUUAUAAAACUAUGAAUAAUGAAAAAGUUUAAAGCAAUUUGCAAUUGAUAAUGAAAAUUCUAAAAAAAAAAACAAACACGCGAUUACAAAUUGGUUUUAUAAUGGAGCUGUUGAGUGUCGACUAAAAUCUAAUGCUUAUACUAAAUAGCUCUCACUCUAUCUUUCAAAGUAAAACUAAGCGAAAACUAUAGUAUAACCCUAUAAACUCUGAAUAUUUGGGCACAAAGUAUAUACAAACAUAUAGCAAUAAAAAUAAAACACAAUCUAAAUCUUAUCUAGAAGCACAAAAACAAUGAAAAAGAAAAAGAAACACUUUCCAAACAAGAAGAAAAGAAUCAUUUAUUGACAAUUCAAAUGAACAAAAUGAAAUACAACUGCUAAAAACUGAUAAAUCAUGAAAACUGACAAACUGAAGACAUAUAUACACACACAAUUGUAUGGGAAAUGUAUGUAUUUUGUAUACGCUACUGUAAGAGUGAUCUUUAUGUGAUUUUGAAACUACUUGAAUAUGUGAUCCAGAAAUAUAUGAAAAAAACAAAACAAAACAAAAAAAAAAAAGAAUCAACAACAAAAA